AUGAAAAAUAAAUAUGGAUAGGCUCAACUUAUCAACAAGUAAAUUAUGAGGGUGGUUGGAAAUGGUGCUCUAAAUACAUCAGCCACAAAAACAAAAAAAAAAGAAUUCUAAUUUCAGCAAAUAGAUCAGUUAUAGCAAAAAAAAAAUUUGAUGACAUAGCCAAAUUUAUAGAAGAAGAAAGAUAUUGCAGCUAAGAAAAUAUUUAGAUUUUUGUAUAAAAUUUAUAAAUAGUAUUAUUUCAAUAAUCAUUUAUUUUUAGAAAAGAGAAAUAACAUAGAUAUCGAAAAUUUGUGAUUGAAGAGUUCAUAAAUACAGAAAGAAAUUAUGUAAAUGAUUUGAAAAUACUAAUUGUUAUCUAAAGUUAAGUUAAGCAAUGGUUAAAUAAACAAUAAAUUGAAAUAAUCUUUAAUAAUGUCCAAUAAUUGUACGAAUUAAAUAGCCCUUUUCUACAAGAUUUAGAAGGAUUUCUUCCAUAUAAAAGAUUCAAAUUAUUAGGACCGAAAAUCAAAGGAUUAGCUCCUUUUUUUAAAGUUUAUUUUACAUAUUAUGAAGGAUUCAAUAAAUCUAUGGCAACCCUUAAAUAAUGCACAAAUGAUAAAGAGGAUUUCAGAAAAUUCCUUAAAAAUAUGCCAUCAAUCAAAGACUAUAAUAAUUAGGACAUUGAGAGUUAUUUAAUUAAACCUGUUUAAAGAAUACCCAAGUAUAAUUUACUAUUAGAAGAUAUCAUAAAACAUACUGAAAAAACUCAUCCAGAUUAUAAAAAUUUAUGUGAAUGCUUAGAGUUAUUUAAAAAAAUUAAUGAUGACAAUAAUAAAAAUAUGGAUUAAUUUUUAUCAAGUAAGUUAUUUGACAUGGAAAAAUGGUUUGGAAAUAAACUGAAUUAGAAGUUAGUAGAUUCUAAAAGAAAAUACAUUACUGAACUUUUAACAUCUAUUUUAGAUUAAAAUAAUAAAGUUAUAAAUGUCACAGCUUUUGUUCUUAGUGAUUUAAUCAUUAUUGGUGAAAGAUAGGAUAAUCAAUAUCAGUAUAUCUAGAGUGUAUUUUUAGAUGAACGAAGUGGAUGCUUAGAUGUUGAGAAUUAAUAACAUCUUUAAAAUAUAUACAUUUUAUAAGGAAUGAAAGGAUAAUCAAUUACAUUUAUUGAACAGACCCCAAAUAAUAAAAUUGAAAAAAUGGCUAAAUUAUAAUUACUUUGAUUUUUAUUUAUAAUUAUUUUUUAUUCAAAAAUAACAAUAAAGAUUUUUAUUGAUUUUUGGAUAUUGUGAAUAAAAAACUGAUUCAUUAAUACAAAAAAUAAUCCAAGAAUGCAAAGAGAAAUCUAAAUAUACAUUUUAAAGAUUAGCAUCUCGUCAAGGGUCUGAAUAAAAAAUUUAAUUUAAUAAAAUUAAAGUAACAGCUUUAGGUAUUGAUGAAAGACAUGAGAAUUUAAGCAGUUAUAAAGUAUAUAUAAUUGAAGUUGGAAUUGAUGAGGUUUUUUAAAAACUAUUUUUAAGAUUUAGUUAAUGCAUUAAGAUCUAGGAUUAUAUUAAAAAAAAAUACCCAACUAACUAAAUACAUCUCUUAAAAUAAAGUACUACUUUAAGUCUAUUGAAUGAUUAAAAAGAAAUUGAAUCAAGAAUGAUAGCAAUUCCUCUCUUUGUUUAAUCAGUUCUAAUGUCUGAUAUAACAAGAUAGGAUUCAUAAAUUUUGAAAGAUCUAGGUUUACCUGAGAAUUUUUUUGAUUUGCCUUUUGAGGCUGAUAAGUUUAGAAAUCAAAGAAAUGGCACUCAAAAAGGACCUGAUAGAUUCAGUUAUGUUUCUCCAACUCGAACCCUAAUUAAAACAGUUGACUAUGGGAAUGAUUAACAUUCUCUACAGAAUAAUUAAUGUAAUCGAAGAUUAUUAAGUGCAUCUUCUAUGAUAAGUAGAAAUAUAACAUUAGUGGAAGAACAAAAAAAGAAAAAAGAGAAGGAUGCAAUUUAAAUCAUAGUAAAUCAUUCUAUACCUAAAGAAAAACCAUGGGAGUUCAAUAUUCAAAAUAAUACUAAAGUGUUACAUGUAUUAGAUUAGAUUUAAAAGAUAAUGCAAUUACAAUAAAUAUAUGACUUUAAAUUAUAUAUAUUUGACAAUAAAUCUAGAGUGAAAAUAUUGCAAAAUGAUGAAAAUAUAUGUGAUUUGUUUGUAGAUAGUUUUAUUUUUGCUAAAAAAAAAAAAGAAUUAUGGUUCAAAAAAAUCUUAUAUUAGGAUAUAGAAUAUGAGAAAUCCUUGUUAUAUGCUGAUAGCGUUAGAAUGAAACUUUUAUAUUAUUAAUUAGUUAAGGAUAUCUAAAUUUCUACAUUAACCUUUCCAACUUAAAAUUACUAUAUUAAAUUAGCAGCCAUUCAUUUGUAUUUAUAAAACUGCAAUCUCUCAUUUGAUGUAAUACAAUAAAUCAUCCCAGCUUCUAUUUUAUAGCUUAGAUAAAGAGAGUAUUGGAAUUGUGUUGUGACCCAAGAAUUUAAGGAAUUUAAGGCGAGUAUUGAAAAUACAUAAUCUGCAUUUAUUCAAAAUAAUUAAACUGAAGAAAUGGCUCAAGUUAAAUAAAAAGGCAUCUUUUCAUCUAUGAUUCAAUCUAACCAAACCAAAUUCUCCUAAGUUGUUAACAUUAAUGUUGAUUCAACAAAAGCAAUGAAUCAUUUUAUUUCAGAAUGUUUGAAAAAUGAAUUCUGCAUUUAAUAGUUAUUUCAAAUUGUUUGCAAAGAAGCUUUGUCAUAAUUUGGAGAAUAGAAUUUAGUUCUUGGUAUUGGUUAUCUAGGCAUUCGACUCUAUAGCAGUUCUAAGGAUAGAAUUUGGGAGAAAAUCGAUAAACCCUAAUCUUUUAAUGUUUAUCCAGGAUCUAUUGAAAUUGGAUUUUAAGGAAGAAAGCUUAAGUUUGAAACCAAUUAAGGAUUUCAAAUCUAAUCUUUGUUUGAUGAAUAUUAAGCAAUCAAAGCUUAGAGUUAAGAAUGA